AUGAGUGGCCGAGUUGGAGACCUGAGCCCCAAACAGGCAGAGACCCUGGCCAAGUUCCGAGAAAACGUCCAGGAUGUGCUGCCUGCCCUGCCCAACCCUGAUGAUUACUUUCUUCUUCGUUGGCUCCGAGCUCGCAGCUUUGACUUGCAGAAAUCAGAGGCCAUGCUUCGCAAGUACAUGGAGUUUCGGAAGACCAUGGAUAUUGACCACAUCCUUGAUUGGCAGCCCCCAGAGGUGAUCCAGAAGUACAUGCCUGGCGGCCUGUGUGGCUAUGACCGCGACGGCUGCCCUGUAUGGUAUGACAUCAUCGGGCCACUGGACCCCAAAGGGUUGCUUUUCUCAGUCACCAAGCAGGACCUGUUGAAGACCAAGAUGAGGGACUGUGAGCGCAUCCUGCACGAGUGUGACCUGCAGACAGAGCGGCUGGGGAGGAAGAUUGAGACCAUUGUGAUGAUAUUCGACUGUGAGGGUCUGGGACUGAAGCACUUCUGGAAACCUCUGGUGGAAGUGUACCAGGAGUUCUUUGGCCUCCUUGAAGAGAAUUACCCAGAGACCUUGAAGUUCAUGCUCAUUGUGAAGGCUACCAAACUGUUCCCUGUGGGCUACAACCUCAUGAAGCCAUUCCUGAGUGAGGACACACGGAGGAAAAUUGUGGUGUUGGGAAGUAAGUUCUGGAAAGAAGGCCUGCUGAAACUCAUCAGUCCUGAGGAGCUGCCUGCUCAUUUUGGGGGAACUCUGACUGACCCAGAUGGGAACCCCAAAUGUUUGACCAAGAUCAACUAUGGUGGGGAGAUUCCCAAGUCCAUGUACGUGCGGGACCAGGUGAAGACUCAGUAUGAGCACUCGGUGCAGAUUAGCCGUGGCUCCUCACACCAGGUGGAAUAUGAGAUCCUGUUUCCAGGCUGUGUCCUCAGGUGGCAGUUCUCAUCUGAUGGUGCAGACAUUGGCUUCGGAGUUUUCCUCAAGACCAAGAUGGGGGAGAGGCAGAAGGCCGGGGAGAUGACUGAGGUGCUAACCAGCCAGCGCUACAAUGCCCACAUGGUACCUGAGGACGGGAGCCUCACCUGCUCAGAGGCUGGCGUCUAUGUCCUGCGCUUUGACAAUACCUAUAGCUUUGUGCAUGCCAAGAAAGUCAGCUUCACGGUGGAAGUGCUUCUCCCAGACGAGGGCAUGCAGAAAUACGAUGAGGAGCUCACCCCUAUCUAG